AACUGUUUACGUUAUAAACUUGACGGUAACCGCUUGACUUUUUCUGUUGGUAUUACUGAAAAGUGAUUAUAUACUUAAAACAAAGGUUAAAAGUAAGGUUACUUGAUACUUUAAAGAUAUGGACAUAGACAGACCGAAACGCGAUAGAUCGGCAAACUUCAGCAAUGAAGAUACUCAAUUAUUAGUCAAUAUCAUAUACAAUUAUGCAAAUGUCAUCGAGAAUAAAACUACAAACGCGAUAAUAUGGCACAAAAAGGAAGAUGCGUGGAAAAGGGUCACGACGGAAUUUAACUCGAGAAGACCUAUGAAACGAACAAUGAAAAUGUUAAAGAUAAAAUACGAAGGUUUGAAAAGGGCCCUUAAAAAGAAAUCGACGAUGAGUCAACUUGAACCACUGAAAAAUGUAAAAGAAAAAAUAUUAGCUAUGAAAAAAAUUGGCUAUGAAAGUAUGCUGCAAGAUCGCGAUAACAAUAAAGCACAAGUUGCGCAAACGCCUGAAAUUCUAAAAUAUAAAGUUACAGAUGAAGAAAAAGUAUUUAUAGAUCCAUUCAACAAAAAAUCGAACAUACAAGCAGGGAAUAAAAUCAUCAAAUCUAAAUUUAAUGCGUCAGAAAAUGAAUUUAGAAUUAAUGACUCUAGUUUGGAGUCUUGGGACAUGCAGACUGCUGCAAAUGACAAUACAACAUACAAGGUAGAAACUGAAACAGAUGAAGGCAAUGCUGAUGAUAGUAUGGAUUAUAUUUGGGAUUUAAGAGCGACAACUUCCGCAAAUGCGAAAAAUGUCAAACAACAAAAUAACGUUGCAGUCAGGCUUAAAUGUGAUUCUGCGCUUUCUAUACCGCAUAGUAAAGAAUUGAGUGAUAUAGAAUUACAAAUUGCGAUACAAGAUCUUCGAAACAAUGAGAGAAACCAUUAUAUUAAUGAACAGGAUGUUUUGAACAAAGCGCAGAGUUUGACCAAUAAUAAAAAUCGAUUGAGCACAUCUAAUUUCGACUUUGAGAACGAGAUGAAUGUGCAAGCGAUUGAGAUACUUGCCAAGCAGAGACAGCUAGAGUUUUCGAUAUUGGAUAAUGCAAGGAGAGAAAAGGAGCAUUCUCUCACGAUGAUCGCCAAAGAAAAGGAACUCGAGUUUGCUAUUUUGGAAAAUGGAAGGAAGGAGAAAGAGCAUGCGAUUCGAAUGCGAAUAUUACAAUAUAAAUUGCAGAGCAUUCAGCAACAAUAA